UUUAAUAUAAAUAAAUUUUUUUAAAGAUAUUUCUACAAUAAGUGGAAGAUCGGAAGGAUUAGAAAGGCAAAAACCUCUAGAAACAAUAUUUUCCUCCCUAGGAACAGGAUUAAGUUCGGACAUAAAAAUGUCAAACGUCAGAAGAGAAAAAUAUAGAAAUAACGAUGAUAUCAUCUAUGCGGAAUUAUCCUUAACUAAUGUUCCUCAAUCAGAAGUCAUUAGCAAGUUUUCUCCUUCAGAAUACGCGUCGAUAGACUUCAGUAAACAAUCUACCAUUACUUCACCCACUUCGUUGGGAAGUGAAGAUGACACCAUCGAAGUAACGUGCGAAAGUCCAUUAGUUAAUAAUUUAAAAAGAAAACAAUGGAGUAAUAUUACUAAAAUAGGUCAGAUCAAUAUUAAAAGUUUGCCUGAUAGAGUCCUCCACAUCAUACACACACACCAGUAUAAAAAUUUCUUAUAUUGAGGCUCUACUAUUUUUUUUUACUUUUUAUUUUAUUUUAUUUUAUUUUUUUUACUAGUCUUUCUAUUUCGCAACAUUGAAUUUUGUUCCAGUUGAAAGCAUUCUUCCUAGAUAUCCUUUCAGGCGAAAGUAUCGCCGAAUCCACUUUGUAAACCAUGUAUUAUUGGUAACCAUUUAGUGAAUUUUCUUAUUGAGAACCGAUAUAAGCUAUGAAUAUUUCUUCUAUUCAAUAUAACCUAUGAAUUUUUUUAUCAUCCUUCAA